GGAGCGCAGCGGAGACGCGAGCCCGGAGCGGGGCCAGACACUGCGGAGCGGGGCCGGACCGGAGCCAGGCUGGGGACGCUGUAAGCAGAGUGUCCUGCCCCCGGCAGAGGAUGGACGAGCUGCUGAAGCUCAUGUACCUGAACAUCUCGGAGCGGCUGAGCCUGCCCUGGGAGCAGGACGGGCCGUGCGGCCCCUCGGUGGGGAACAGCACCGUCCUGGUUGUGGCCUACAGCGCCCUGCUGGCCGUGGGGCUGGUGGGGAAUCUGUGCCUGCUCUGUGUCAUCACCCGGCACAAGGAGAUGAGGAACGUCACCAGCAUCUUCAUUGCCAACCUGGCCUGCUCCGACCUGCUGAUGAGCGUGGUGUGCCUGCCCGUCACCGUCAUCUACACCCUCAUGGACCGCUGGGUGCUGGGCGAGUUCCUGUGCAAGGCCAGCCCCUUCGCGCAGUGCGUCUCCGUCACCGUCUCCAUCCUCUCACUGGCCUGGAUCGCCCUGGAGCGGCACCAGCUCAUCAUCAACCCCACCGGGUGGAAGCCGGGGGCCACCCACGCCUACCUGGCCGUGAGCGUCACCUGGCUGGUGUCGGGCUGCGUCUCCCUGCCCUUCCUCGCCUUCAGCGUCCUGACGGACGAGCCCUUCCGCAACCUCAGCCUGCCCUUCGACGCCUUCGCCGGCCACCUGGUGUGCGUGGAGAAGUGGCCGUCGGACGGGCACCGCCUGGCCUACACCACCGGGCUGCUGUUCGGCCAGUACUGCCUGCCCCUGCUGCUCAUCCUGGCCUGCUACUGCCGCAUCUUCCUGCGGCUGCGGCACCGGCGGGACAUCCUGGAGCGGCCCACGCACGGGUCCCGCGCCGCCAGCCACCGGCGGGUCAGCGUCAUGCUGGCCUGCCUCGUCGCUGCCUUCGCCGUGUGCUGGCUGCCCCUGACCGUCUUCAAUGCCCUGUACGACUGGGCCCACGAGACCAUCUCCGGCUGCUACCACGACCUGCUCUUCUCCCUCUGCCAUCUGGCAGCCAUGGCCUCCACCUGCAUCAACCCCGUCCUCUACGGCUUCCUGAACACCAACUUCCAGCAGGAGCUCAAAGUCCUGCUCCACCACUGCAGCUGUGCUGCGGAGACGGACACGUACGAGAGCGUCCCCCUGUCCACCGUCAGCACCGAGGUCUCCAAGGCCUCGCUGCGCAGCGGGGCGGUCGCCACCGACGCCUGACGUCUGGCUGCCCCCAGCGCCUGGUGCCAGGAGCAGAACCCGCCAUAGCCUUGCCCGGCGGGCGGGGGAUACUGCUCUGCUGUAUGCACUCUCUGCAUGUCUAGGGCAGCCCCCCGCCCCUCCCUCGGGCACAGCUCAGAUCCAGAGAGAGCCUGGGAGUGAGCUCUGGGGAAUCCCAAAGAAACCAGCCAGAGCCUGGCCACGGGAAGCCCUGGGCUCUGAGCCCGGCUCUGAUGCGCGUCCCCUGCGGAGCCACUCACUCAGGCUCCAGUUUUCAGCCUGGUGAUUCUCAGAGUGGCCUGAGGCACCCCAGGAAUGCAGGAGCAGUGGGUGUCUGACUGGCCCACAUGGUGCCUCGUCCCAGCUCCAUAGAUCGGGUCCCGGCUGGGUUUGCCAAAGGGCUGGGCUGCAGGGGCUCAGCACCUGUGGAAAUCGGGCGCUGGACUCUGUGCGGCUUUCAGCCUAGAGACUUUUGGCCUUCAUCUCUCUGUCGCCGUUUCCCCAGCAUUCAGAUGGGGCUGUUAACACUUCGCUGUCGCACAUCUUGGGAGGGGUGUGGCAGGCUGAGCGGCACUGUCAUAGGGUUAAGCAUCGUUAUCACAUCACAUCCCUGCUUGGGUCCUUUUGGCAAGUAAUGGAUGAGCUAAUUUUCAAAGGGGGACAACCCCCCCGCCAUGCACAGAUGGUGGGUGCAUUGCCAGGCUGGGCGAUUCAAUGUGCAGUCGGGGGUUAGAUCUGCAGCUACUGGAGGCAAACACAAAUUAUUCCAGGUGCAUUUAAAGAAUAUCUUGACUCGGUCUAUUGUAUCCUAGGCAAUCCUGCCAGGGUCAUUGAUUGCCAUAGUAUCUGAGCACCGUCACACCUAACUACCCAGCAGCACAUGCGAACAGCUGACUUGUGCAAGAAAAUAGCCAUUUUCAUGUGUAACUGGGACAUUAGCACUUAGUUUGAGUCCUGUGAAAAUUCUGCUGUUUGCCAAACAAUACACAGUGCCCUUGAUUUCAGAGAUUUUUGAUGAUCUCCUAAAACUCCCAAAUGCCUGAUUAAAAAAAAAAAAAAAAGAGGAAAAAAAGAAACCGACAUUCCUUUACCUCACUUUCUGGUAUUUUGAAGUGAAAAAAGAAGCUAUCGGGCUGGGCUGUUAAAGGGGCGCUGUGGAGAGGUGGUUCACUUUUCUUCUAAAAGCAAAAUCCCCUUCUCUGUGACUCCGGUAACACCUUAGAUUAUUCAACUGGAAAAGAAUUCCAAAAUCUAAUUUACUUUUCACCGUUGAGUUUUGUGCUUCAUUCUCCUUUCAGUCACAUGCCUUUACCCAGUGACUGCAGAGGUGAUAUUCCUGAUUUCCACCAACGUCAGGAAGUGGAGAAUUUCCCCCCCCCUCAGAUAUUUCCCGCGAGCUCACUCAGUCACUUGCAGAGUCGGUAUCUGACCAGAAUCGCUUUCCGGGGCUCGGAGGUUGCAGUGGUUGGGGCUAACGGGACAGAGGGACCCGGCAUUCGAACAGCUGUUCUUCUGGACACUUGUAAAUCAUUUUGAGUUUGCUUGAUCCAAUCCAGGAGCUUAGCUAAUGGGUUCCUUUUACCCAGUGAUGAGCUGCCAAAAUCUUAACAGCCGGUUUCCUCCACAUACCAUGAGGGGGGUCGUGGCCCACCCCCACCCCCGGGACUCCUGCCCCAUCCCACCCUCCGCGUUCCUUGAUGCCCCCCGAACCCCUGCCCCAUCCA